AUGUUCCGCGUCGAACUCGUCUCCGACACAUCAACAGCCACACCAGGCUGGUCCUACGCCCCAGCCCGGGGCUUCGACCCCACCCAAGCGAUGGCCCCAACCCUAGGCCGCAAACGCGGCAUCCGCGACGCCGGCAAAGGCGGCGAUAUUUCCUCACGACAAGCGAACGCAAUCGCCCGCCACAUUGCCGAACUAGACCGCGAGAACCAGCGCGACGUCACCAUCCCCGCACCAGUGAAACAAGCCCGCGAAGCCGGCGCACGCGGCACAAGAGCAAAGACCACCUCGAACGUCCGCCGCAUCCUCCAAUCCCAAAAGACCUUCCGGAACCACCUCGACGACGAAGAAGCGGCAAUAGCAUCUGGCAGCGGGGGUAUAGCAGGUAUGCAGGGCGCAGGAGGCGCGAACCUCGUUGCGGCCAAGGGAGGCAAGGCUGCUGCGCGCCGCAGCGCGACACCGGCCAGCACGGCAGGCAUCAAACGUCCGUCGGCGGCUAUGGCGGGUACGCCGACUGGUGCGUCGACGCCUGCGCAGGAGACUACGGAUGCGGAAACGGAUGUUGAUGAUGAGCCGCUGCGGAAGCCGAAACUUAUCAAGUCGGAAUAUGAUAAUGAUCCCUUGCUGCGCUCGUAUGCGCCGCCUGUGCCUUCUGAUCGGCUUAUGCAGAGGCUGCUGGCGGAGCCGCCGCUUUCUUACCAUGCGUCGCGGGCGAAACCGCUGGCGUCGGGGCGGCCGGGACGGCACUUUUGUUGCAUGUGUGGAUACUGGGGGAAGAUUCGGUGCAAGAGUUGUCAUUUGAGGACUUGUGGCUUGGAUUGCUACAAGGUUCAUGAGGAUUCGAGGUGUGGUGCUUUCUUCUAG